GAUCCUCCCUGGCCCACUGUGGUCCGAUCCCUCAACCCAAUGGGAUCUGCCCCGUUUAUAUUGCCUGCAGCUGAAGCGUUGAUUGCAGCCCGAUAACCGAACGUUGGCCCGUGCUACCCUCGAAAAUCCUCGGUGAUGUGCGAGCCAGGGAUUUGAUGCGUUCAGGAUUUAGUACCGAGGGAAACAGAGGGUCCGAUAACGAACCUUGAGAAAGGCUAGGUUGGCUCAUCUUUUGGAUACUCGCUUCCACCGGAAACUAUAUCCUCUACCAUUCAUAGGAAAGGUCGUGCUGCCCACUUUUCUGAUUCAACGCAUGGCCACAACAACUCUUGGGAUUGGAUACUAUACUUUCUCGGCCCUUUAGAUCCCUGCCUGGCUCGACACUAGUUACCGAGGAUGCCCCUACCAUCAACGGCGUGUGAAUGGUGGAUGGCGAAAUCUUAGCCACAACGGCAGAGGGGGGGCGAUGCUACCUGGCUAAUGGCCGUCGUCUGACACGACUCGGAGAAUAAAUACGCUGGUCAUCCUCCUUUCCACUUCGAUAUUUUUCUCGCCCCCUGUUAAACAUACCGAACGUUAUCACAACUGUAUACCAAAAUGGGUGACGCACAAGCACUUCCCGAUUACGUCCGUGACGCCGAUGCAGUCCUAAAAGAUACGGAGGCCGCCUGGCGACAUGGCCGGGUGCCGAAUUAUUCGAAGACCCGAGAAUUUUAUGAGCAGACUAAAACAAUGAAACAUGAGGCCGGAAGCCUUCCAGACCUGGUCGAAAAGCUCGUCAAAAACUGGGAAAUUGAAGCCUCAUUCAAGACCUCGCUCGCCGACUGGAGGACCAUCGAUCAGAAGACAUAUAGUUUCUCGUUAAAUGGAGGCCCACCGCAAUCUGGCGAGCAUAUGCUCAAGGUCGGCACAUACAACGCCCUCCUGACCUCAAGCUCGUACUAUGAUCCGGCACACAAUGAUUUCGACACGAGCCACAAGGCAUUCAAGCGCAUGAUGCCUACAUUUGCCUGGGAGGUGAAAGAAGUCUACAGCGGACCGCCGACGGUGGUCUUCAAGUGGAGACAUUGGGGUGUUAUGGCGAAUGAUUAUGUGGGAUUUAAUGAUCGCGGAGAGAAGGUCAGGGUCAAGGCACAUGGCGGCAUGAUUGAUAUUCAGGGUAUCGUGAUCGCCAAAGUGAAUGAGAAGCUGGAGCUGGAGAAAAUUGACGUUUGGUAUGAUCCCUUGGAUAUGUUUCGCCAGAUUGCCCGCGAAAACACGGAAGCUGUUGCCGACACGACCUCGGUGACUGGGGGCUGCCCUUUUUCUGGAGCUGCGAAGACCGCUGCCUCUGAAUAAUGCAGUGGCAUGAACUUGUAUACCUACCCCUAUAUGCGUGAUGGAAUGUAUGAACAAUAUCGGGACUAUGCUAUUCAGAAAAAAUUCCGUUUAUCGACGGGAUGUAAGAUGCCUAGUUGAGGCUAUGUGCC